UUUACGUAAAGGAGGAUGCGCUGUUACGUCAGCGUCAGUUUGACAAGCAUGAGGCGCAUACUCAGUGCGAAUUUAUUGGGGCAGAUCAGUUUAUUUGGUAGAAAUCCUCCGUCUCAUACCUCUGUGACAGCGGGUCAACAACGCGUCUGUGCACUGAGUUUCUGCAGGAAAUCAUCGAGUGACCGCACAAACAUGGACCUGAGUGAUAUGAGGAAGAAGUACAAGGGAGAUGAAGAGUGCUUUGAGGAGAGCCAGCUUGUAUCUCUGGACCCAAUCAAACAAUUUGGGAACUGGUUCGAUCAAGCCACAAAGUGCCAUGAAAUCGGAGAGGCAAAUGCUAUGUGCAUCGCCACAGCCACCAAAGAUGGACGUCCGUCUGCUCGUAUGGUCCUUCUGAAAGGUUACAGCAACGAGGGUUUCCGUUUCUUUACAAACUACGAGAGCAGAAAGGGUUCUGAGCUGGAGAGCAAUCCAUAUGCAUGUCUGGUCUUCCACUGGGAACCCCUUAACAGACAGAUUCGCAUUGAGGGUACUGUAGAGCGAAUCCCCUUCCAGAGCUCCAGUGACUACUUCCACUCCCGACCAAAGAGCAGCCAGAUCGGGGCGGUCGUGAGCCGACAAAGCACUCCAGUUCCUAACAGAGAUUAUCUAAGGCAGAAAAAUGCAGAACUGGAGGAGAAGUACAAAGACACAGAUGUGCCUAUGCCUGACUACUGGGGCGGCUACAUGGUCAAGCCUUACCUGAUGGAGUUCUGGCAGGGUCAAACCAACAGACUUCACGACCGCAUCGUCUUCACCAGGCCGAAGGACGGAGAGUCUGGGCUGGGGGAGUUUCAGCACGCUGCAGAGGGAGGCUGGGUGUACCAGCGCCUGUCCCCAUGAGAAACACCUCAGCAGACACGGGAAAAAAAACUCCCCAUCUUUACCUCACUGGAAGUAACCACUCAUCUCUCGGUACUGAUGGAAACCAUUCAAUGUUGAUUAAAUAGGUGCUGCUGUAAGUAGGAUUUAUUAACAAGCCAAACGUCAUUGUAUCGCCUUGUCUUUGUUGAUGUCAGUUUAUAUUUUAACAGUGGUGUGAAACAACCUGACUGCACUGUACAACUUUACAUUUUCCACAUUUUAUGAAAUGAAAAGAGGCUAUGUGGUUUACAGAAAGAGAGCAAACUCCACCAAGUUCUAUCAAAUAAUGAUUGACAGUAACGUUGGUUAUUCUGCAGUGUUGUUUGUUAACCUUUUGGAUGUGAAUCUGUACUUGUCUGAUGCAACUUUCUGUGGUCCAUUUUACACUUUACAGGUCUGUACUUUCCAAGAAAGUUUAGUAAAACUAUAAUAACUUUGUGAUAGUUACAGGGAAAAUGGAGAGAAAGUUCUGAGACAGUUGUUUGAGUUUGCUUGGUUGUGUUGAGUUUAUAAGCAGGUCUUGAUUCCUAUGGAAAUUGGUUAAUUUAGACCCAAAUAAAUACAAUUCCAACAAAAACGGAAUUUUAUAAACUCUGUAAAGGAAGAAUUUCAUUGUAAAGGUGUGCCUAAUAAAGGGGCCACUGAGUGAAUUUAAUCUGUAUUUGUUAUUGGAAACUUAAUUUUUGUUAAAUCGUACGUUUGACUGUCGACAAAGUUCGCUUGAUGGUGUUUUAAGCCCCCAACGUCGACUUCAAGGCAGCGCUGCGACCGUUUACUUCAAGGCACUUAAUCCUAACCAUAACCAUUGCCUAGUAAUCCUAGUGCCUUCCACGACGUUGGGAGCUUAAAACACCAAACACCACAACAAAGUUCCAAUAUUUGAAUAUGUAGCUGACCUGCUGAGCCCCUACUUCGGGUUAUGUUAACAUUUGAUUUUAAUCAAUCAAUUGGGGGAGUAUUGAACAACUGUCUCUGUUUUCGUUAUAAUAGUACUAGAUUACAAACCAGGAACCUUCUUAUAAAUUUACAGGCAUCUUAAUGUCUUUGUAGAAAAUAAGAGGGAAAUAUAGGUCCCAUAAAAUAGUGUGACUGAAUUAUUCUGACUUUAACUCAUGAAUUGAUUGUGUCAGUCAUCGAGUGGGUCUUACUGCCUUUUAACAAUGAGAUUAAAAGAGCUGAUGAUUUGAAUUGUGCCAAUUUACUGCCAUGUGCAUUAUGUAUGUCUUGUGUCAUUUGAGAAUAGUGUUGUUGGGUUAUUGUUCACUGAGGGAAGAAAAAUUAAAAAUAAGUAAAUAAACAGUGAAAAAGAGCCAGUAAUAAAGUGUAAUUUGUAACUGAG